AUGGCUUCGUGGACACAUGUGGAAUCAUGUGGACACUCAUUCUUCAAGAUCUCGGUGCUUAAGGAUGCCAUCAUCAUUGGUGCCGGAGUUAUUGGAAACUCCAUCGCGACCGAGCUUUCUCGCAGUGGCUGGCGCACGCUUAAUGUGGACAAGCUCUCUGGCGCGGGCCAGGGUUCCACAGGCUACUCUUCAGGCAUCUGCCGCACAAUGUACAGCGUGCUGGAUAGCGUGAAGUUUGCCUGGGAGGGAUACACCUACUUUGAGAACUGGGAGGAUCACAUUGGUGUGAAGGAUCCUCGCGGGCUCGCGCGCUUGCGCCGCUGCGGGGCCUUGGUCCUUCGCUCGGAGGCUUCGGAGCAGUUCCUGGAUCGAGUGAUUGCAAGCCACGACGCGGUGGGGUUGCCAUACGAGCUCUGGGAGGCGUCUGAUGUGGAGGAGAAGCUUCGCUUUGACCUCCAGAGCUACAGCCCUCAGGUACGAAUUGACGACGACACCUUUGGGGAGCCUCGUGGAAAGAGCAUUUCAGGAGGUGUUUUCUUCCCCAUGGCAGGCUACGUCAGCGACCCCAUGCUCGCGGCCAGAAAUCUGCAGACCGCAGCCGAGGCGACGGGGCGUGCAGAAUUUCUCUUCGGUGAGACUGUGACGGCCAUUCACAAAAAGGGCGGACGGGUUGCAGGCAUCAGCUGUGCUAGCGGCUUGGAGCUGGAGAGUCCGGUGGUUGUCAACGUGGCAGGGCCACACUCUGCGCAGGUGACACAGCUGGCUUUCGCAGAUCCGAUGGAGAAUGACAUGGCUAUCAGCACUCGACCCAUGCGCCAGGAGGUUGCAUAUGUCAACCCGCCACCUGGAGUGUCCUGGGAUGAGGACGGCCCAGGCUUGAUUUGCACUGACCUGGACGUGGGAGUGUACUUCAGGCCAGAGGUCGGCGGCAAGAUCCUUGUUGGCAGCGUGGAGCCGCAGUGCGAUGAGGCUUAUCACGUCUACCCCGAGGAUCCAGAGGCGGUCUAUCCGGGCAGAGAGCUGUCGACUCUGACCGAUCAAUGGACAAACCAGGUGUACCGCCUGGCCUUGCGGAUGCCAUCCUUGCAUCUACCUGACUCGCAAAGUGCGCAAGGCUGCAGCGCAUGCUACGAUGUGACGGAGGACUGGGUUCCCAUCUACGACAAAUCUUCCUUACCAGGCUUCUACAUGGCAAUCGGCACCAGCGGCAACCAGUUCAAGAACGCCGGCGUCGCGGGCCGGCUCAUGCGCGAGCUUAUAGAGGCCACCGAAGGAGGCCGAGACAUUGACAAGAGUCCUCUGGACUUCCAGCUGACGAGGCUGGUUGUUCUGAAUGCUAAGCCUGCUAAGAGCCCAAAGCAGGGAGUCCUGGUCGAUCUGUAA